GCCCCAUAUUCUGUUCACUUGGCGGCAUGCAAAAUGUACAAUCAAAUAGCAGCUGCUUCGUUCUUAUAAUCUUCUAUUCGCAUACUUUCCUCUUUCCUUCAGAAUCUCUUGCAAAACUUCCAUUAAACUGUAACUUAUUUUCUUUUCUUUUCAGUGGAUUUUUUUCUGCACCGAAUCUGUAAAUACAUGUAUAUUUAAUUUGUUUAUAUGUAUUUUAUGAAAGGAAAGGUUUCAUACAGCUUUUCGCCAUUUCUUCAACCCACUUUCAUCGGUAGCUUUAUCGUAAAUUCCACCCAAAUUUGGUUGACUAUCUGUUGGAAUAACCCUCAAUUUAACAUCACUUUUGGUGAGGACAAUUGCUAGGCCAGCUCUAUAUUCUCCCCGUUUCAAUUCGAUAUACUUGAAGUCGAAUGAAGAUGCUGUAUUUCAUUAACUCUGAUCCAGUGUCCUGAGAUUCAGAGGUUCCAGUAUUGAGAAAGCCCGAUACUUCUAUCGAUGGCUGGUAGGAAGCGAAGCAUUUCAAAUGAUGCAGAUAUGUCUACUCUGUACAAGGAAUGGGAUGAAGUUUCAUGUCCUAUAUGCAUGGACCACCCGCACAAUGCUGUUCUUCUCAUUUGCACUUCUCAUGAGAAGGGCUGUCGGUCAUACAUUUGUGACACUAGUUAUAGGCAUUCAAAUUGCUUGGACCGAUUUAAAAAACUUGCAGGAGAAAAUACAGACAGCUAUACUACACUAGCACCCAGAAAUCUGCAUGAUUUUAUUAAUGCUACUUCAAGUGGUUUGACUGGGGAUGAUGCGAAUCAUGAUAUGAACGCAAGUAACACUGCUGCAACUGUGGGAAUGCCUGGAGGAUCUGGAGGAAGCAGCUCAUUUGAUGCAGAUUCUGACUUUGGAGAACGAGGAAUAUUGUGGGAAAGGUUUUAUCGAGAGACUAACAUGGAGAAGCCAAAACCACGAUCAAAUUUGAGAUGCCCUUUGUGCCGCGGGAGUGUUCUGCGUUGGAAGGUUGUAGAAGAUGCUAGAAUGUAUCUCAACCUGAAGUCCCGAAGUUGUUCUCGUGAAUCAUGCCCGUUCUCUGGUAACUAUGGGGAAUUACGUCGGCAUGCUAGAAGUGUUCAUCCAACUGUCUGCCCAGCUGAUAUUGACCCAUCGAGACAACAAGCCUGGCAAUGCCUUGAAGAGCAGAGAGUGAAUAAUGAUAUUGUUAGUGCCAUUCGCUCAUCCAUGCCAGGGGCAAUUGUUCUUGGUGACUAUGUGAUUGAUAAUGGAGAUAGGCUAUCAGGUGAAAGGGAAAGACUUUUACUUGGUGAGACUGUGUUUGAUAAUGGAAGUAGCCCAUCAGGUGGAAGUGAACGAGUGCUUGGUGACUAUGUAUAUGAUAAUGGAAGUGGGUUACCAGGUGGAACCGAAAGAAGUGGUGCUGAAGCGAGUCGGUGGCUAAGCACCUUCUUUUGGUUUCACAUGAUUGGUUCAAUGGAUCCAGCAUCUGAGCGAAGAGUUGGUAGGUCAAGAGGUUUGGCAAGGCAUCAACGCCCAAGUGGACCCUUUUCUAGACGGCGCUAUCACUGGGGUGAAAGGUUGUUACAAGAUGAUGAUGACGACGACAGUAUUUGGGAUAGAAAUGCCUUAAAACAUUAA